AUGACGACCGCGUCCCCCUCGCAGGUGCGCCAGCACUACCACCAGGGCUCGGAGGCCGCCAUCAGCCUCCAGAUCCACCUGGGGCUCCACGCCUCCUGCGUCCACCUGUCCGUGUCAUACUAUCUGGACCGCGAUGAUGUGGCUUUGAAGAACUUUGCCAAAUACUUUCUUCACCAGUCUCGUGAGGAGAGGGAACAUGCUGAGAAAGUGAUGAAGCUGCAGAACCAGCGGGGUGGCCGAAGCUUCUUGCAGGAGACCAAGAAGCCAGACCGCGAUGACUGGGAGAAUGGGCUGAAUGCAAUGGAAUGUGCGCUACACUUGGAAAAAAGUGUGAAUCCGUCACUACUGCAACUGCACAAACUGGCCACAGACAAAAAUGACCCCUAUUUGUGUAACUUCAUUGAGACUCAUUACCUGAAUGAGCAGGUGAAAUCCAUUAAAGAAUUGGGUAACCAACUUGCGCAAGAUGGGGGCCCCCGAAUCUGGCAUGGCAGAGUAUCUCUUUGA